UUACCGUAUUGGAACCAGCAGCGAAUACUUACAGUUCCAGAACGGUUGCAAUGAUGCCAAUGGAUGAAUUUGAUCGGCUCAUUCCAUCCCGCGCCAGCUUUCCCUCCUCGUCGGCCCGUCCGGACAGCAUCCCGUUCCCAUUACAAGUACUCAGCGGCGUCAGCUCCUCAGCGUCGCCUUCAUCAUAAACGCCAAGAGCAGCUGUGGAGAGCCUGACCCGAUUGCCGAUUACUGCGAUGCGUUCAUCGCUUGAAGACACUCCCGACGAGAUCGUCCGCCAGAUCCUACUCUAUCUGCCGCCCGAAGACACGCUUGAGAGUUUCCAGCUUCUCUCACGCCGAUAUCACCACCUCGCAAACGAGGCUCUGCUAUGGCGAUGGCACUGCCAGACGUCGUUUCGAUGGUGGAACCCUGAACACAAGCUCCAGGAGAAGCUUGAGGCGCUCGCAUCCUCGGUGGACUGGAGAGGGCUAUGGAUUACGAGGAAGAGGAGGAAUAUCAAGGCUGCGCGGCUGUUGGACGGGGUAAUAUUUUCCAAAGUUGGCCAGCUGAAGAAGCUCAAGGGGAUCUGCGAGCUGGGAUAUGACGUGAAGGACUAUCUUUUGGAGCAAUGUCAUGUCGACGAGUCUGCAGAAGAUGUCUUGGCGAGGAGGUACUAUGCGAAUUCGGCCUUGGACAGCAUACACAGGGGCGUGGCGGUGGAGUUGUGGUCUCGAUACCAGGGCCGGGCAUUGAGCUCUGAGGGUCUUGACACGGCGCUCGCAGCCUUCGAUAUGUUUGUGUUGCAUGACCAAGAGCAGGACCUCGACUAUGUAGUGCGCACACUCGACGCACUUGCCGAGCGAUUCAGGGCAGAACACCCGACGUUCGGCGACCUAUCUACUCGUCAAAAGGCCUUGUCACUGGUCCGCUGGUUGAGAGCGAACCAUCUCACCGGCAUGGACCACCCUGAGAUAAACUACCGUAAUUUGAGGAACUGCUUUAUCGGGCAUGCGCUCUCCGACGAAAGCCACCCUUCUCUUCCCAUCAUCUCCAGCGCCAUUUUCACUUGCAUUGCGGAACGGCUGGGUAUGACGGCGUUUUGUCUCGCUUUCCCAAGCCAUGUCCAUGCCGCGGUGUAUGCUCCGCCCGGGGAGGAUUUGGAUGGCGACGAGACGGAGGAGAUGAAUGGUGACAAGAAGCGCAUGUGCCUUGAUCCAUACGGAUCCGACGACGAAGUCACCCUCAGCGAUUUGCGAUCAAGGCUGGUGGAGUUCGGCUGGACACAAGGAGCAGAGGCGUUCCUCACACCCUCCCCCGUGCCCAUUAUUGUUCAGAGGACGGCGCAAAAUAUCAGGGCAACAUACGACACGGUCCGCAACCUCACAGACAACGACGUUUUAGGGGCAGAGAUGCGGCGCUUGCGGAGCGGCCACCCGGGCAUGAACAUGGACGCCGCCCUGUACGCCUCCAUGUGGGCCGAGCUGCUGAUGAAGCAAACCUCCAGCUUCCACUGGGACUCGAACUUGUCUGCCUUACUUCAAAAGUUUGCCCUCUCUUGGAGCGAAGAUGUGUGGCUGGUUCGGAAGUACCUCGUUCCGCUCUACGACAGUUUCAUAGCAUCACGACCAAACCAUCAUCUACGGAAUCCCUGGCAGAACGUGCACGAGAUCCUCGGCAUGCUCGAGGACUCCAUAGACAACAGGGUACCGGAAGUCAACCGGCGGUACACCCAGGACAUAGCCGCGCGAGUCCAUUACAAAAUUGGCCAAGUGUUCCGGCACCGGCGGUAUGGAUACAUCGGCGUCAUUAAUGGCUGGGCGGCCAUGGGCAGCUCCAGUCUGCCGAUGCCGCACUAUCUGGAUGCUGCCGAGGCCGAGGAGGAGGGCGACGUGUUCGAUCCGACCGAAUCGGUGCGCGCAAGUACCAUGGGGCCGCAGAGGACGUAUUAUACAUGCCUCUCCUCUAGGAAGUCGACGAUUGACCGGCUACGGGUAGCCCAGGAGAACGUGGUCAUCGUCACUGACCCCAGCCUCAUCCCUGAGGAUCUCUUUUAUGUGGCGGGCAAAUUCUUUAAGCGCUUCGACGCCGAGACAUGCACAUUCGUGUCGAACAUAAGGGAGUAUUAUCCCGAUGACUGA